UACUGAUAACAAACUCGUUAACUUGUAUGAAAUUCAAUUUGAUGAUUUGAAAGGUAGGAUUGAUGAAAUGGUGAAAAGUAAAUACAAAAUCACCCAUCACCUUGUAUCGCGACAUAUUGCCAACGAGUUAAAAUUAGAAACCUUGACAGGAAAAAUAUAUGUUUACGGGUAUGAGAACAUUUAUGAAGAUAUAUGUGAGCAAGAAGAAAUAUUGACUACCAGGAUAAGAAAUAUCAUUGGGGAAUUUUCAUUAGGAAAAUUGUUUAAUGAAUUUCUUCAAAAUGCGGAUGAUGCUGGAGCCACACGUUUUUCGGUAAUAGUUGAUGAGAGGCAAUAUUAUGAUUACAAUGAAUCCCUAUUGUCAGAAGAAAUGAAUUAUUGGCAAGGUCCCGCGAUAUGGAUCUAUAAUGAUGCUGAAUUUUCUAUCAAAGAUUUUCGUGCUUUGACCAAACUUGGAGUUGGAGAAAAAUUUCAUGAUGACACAAAAAUUGGAAGAUUUGGAACAGGUUUCAAUUGCGCCUAUCAUUUUACAGAUUUACCUAGCAUUGUAAGCGGAAAAUAUAUUGUAUUUUUAGACCCAAAUGGUAAAUUUCUUCCUGCAAAAGGGUACCCUCCUGAAAGGCAUCGGGGUACCAGUUUUAAUUUUAUUGAAAAGGAAUUUAAAAGGAGUUUUUCAGAUCAAUGCCGUCCUUAUAAGGCUUUAGAAGGACUUGAUUUUAUAGAUCAUUGUGAUUUUACGGAAGCGUUUAAAGGGUCAUUAUUUAGACUUCCACUUAGAACUCGUGAAUCGGUAGGAAAGAGCGAUAUUUCAAGUCAACUUGUAGAAACUAGUGAUAUCUUGCAAGUACUUGGUAAAAUCCAGGGAAAUAAAGAAAUGCUCUUUUUAAGGAAUAUAGAAAUAUGCAAUCUAUAUCUCCUAAAAGAACAAAAUCAAUCUCCUCAAUUGAUAUGGCAAGCGCAAAUUAACGCGUCAAGAACCUGUCGUGAAAUGCGUAAAAGAAUAACUAGUGAAAUGCAAAUCUACCAAUUAGAUAUUGAAAGUAUUAAUAUACUAAACAAGAAAGGUUCAGAAGUAUGGUUAUUAUGUACAGGAGGACAUGAUCGAGUUAAAGAAAAAUUUGAAAAAUUUGCAAGGGAGAAGCGACUCAAGCCAAGAGGUGGAGUUGCAUUGUUGCUUGCUAAAUCUGAUGAGAAAUCUAUGGAUGAAUUAAAAUUUCCAAAUCCUCUUGAAUUCAGGGGUGAAAUUUACUCAUAUUUGCCUUUAUCAAUGCGAACUAAUCUUGGGGUUCAUUUAAACGGAAACUUUUCUUUAUCAAGAGCGAGAAACAAUAUUAUACAAUUAGGAAAUGAUUUUCUGAAAGCUGACAGUAUUCAUGCAAAAUGGAACCAAUACAUUCUUUACGAUGUUUUACAAAAUUUACAUGUUAAGUUGCUCGAGCAUGUUUUGAAGUAUGAAGAAGAUAGGUUCAAAAAAGAUAAGAUAAAUUUCAUUCCACGAGAUUUUUUGCCUAAUGGGAAGAACUUAUCUAUUUCGUUUAAAAAUUAUGGAUUAAAUAUUCUAAUGAAGAUAGGCUUUGGUGGCCAUCGAAUAUUUUGGACUAAAGCUAAUGGUGGACAAUUCAUUUCAUUGGAAUCGGCUAAAUUUCUCAAUGAAAAGGAAACAGUUAUUACAGAUAUGUUGGCCAACUUUGGAAUUCUAGCGGUAAAAAUUGAUGAUGACAGGUACAAACAACUUUGGGAGGCUAGAUUUAGGAAUCCAAAAUUCAAAUAUACGCUUCUUGAUGGAAAAUUAGUCUGCAAGGAAUUGAAAGAAUUGGAUAUUCGUGUGAAUCACGAAUCACUAUUUAAAUUACUUGAUUUCAUCCUUAAUGAUGUUACAGAUGAAAGUUAUGAACUUCUUAAUGGAUUACCAUUAGUUCCAUUAAAUAAUGGUUCAGUCGGAACGUUUGGCGACACUUAUUAUUUGGAAGCAAAAAAGGUUACUGAAAAACCAACAAAUCAAGAUAUUUUUCCAAAAAUUGGCCCAUCCAAAUUUGUUUCCAUCAACCUACCUAGUAAUCUGCUGAAAAUCUUCACUAGCGUCAAGUUUUCCGAAAAAACACAAAUAAAAAGAUUUGAUAAUUCUAUUAUUUUAGAUCUUUUAAUAGCAGAAUUACCAGAAUUAUUAUUUAUGGAGGAAUUGAAAUGGCACCCCAAUGGAAGAUCUAUACCCAAUGUACAUUGGCUUAAAAAUAUUUGGUCAAUAUUAUUUGAUGAAAAGGCAAAUGUUUUAGAAUACGCCAAACUUUCCAACUUUGCUCUAUUGCCAGUGACUUCACCUUAUAAUAUGCUUAUUCGACCCAAUAUAAAAAAUCCACUUUUAUAUUUACCUGAAGAUGGGCAUGAUUUAUAUCCGGUAUUAGUAAAGCUGCGAGUUCGCUUUACUGAAAUGAUGAUACCCGAAAGUGCUGAUAAAAGUCUUCAAAAAUGUGUCGUAACAUGUACACCUGUAAAUAUCAUUAAUUCCUUGAAUAAGACUUGUUCUUUAUUAUCCCUGACUAUGAAUCAGUUGUUUGAAAAAGAUCAUCAACAAAGUCAAGAAAAUUUUAUGAGUAUUCUUAAAGAUUUACCAAUAUGGCCAACAUAUUCUUGUGAAGAAAAGUUCAUCAAUGUCAAAUCUGGAAUUCUUUAUCCAUUCGAUUUUGCAUUCUAUUCUUUUCGAAAAAACACCAAAUUCUAUAAGUAUGAUAAAACGUCAGAGUACUUCAAUCUACUUAAAAAGUUAGGUGCCAAAACUAUAACUGAAUUAGAAUAUGUUAAAAAUCAUUUAUUUUCAGUAUUCAUAUUAUGGUCAACACCUUCUCAGCAGUAUGUCGAUUACUUGCAAAAUGUUUUAUCCUUAAAGAAUCCGGAAAUUGAGCGAUAUUUCAAAACC